CUAUUACGAGCGAAUGCAGCCAUUGUUGAAUAGGGGGCAUUUCUAUUCCGUUUCUUCUCCACAAAAUAGCUGAUUCGGUGCCCAAUAAUUCCAUUUUACCCUCCCCAAUAAUUCCUUUCGUUUUCCUCUGUCUCUUUGCCUCUGUUUUUUGUGAUUUUGAAAUCCCUUGCUUCAUCGAAGACUCAUUUGAGUGGGUUGUUCUUGUUAGCUUAAAAACAAUGUUUUAUACCUCCCAUACAAUGGCAAAAUCUUGAGUGGAACCUGGUUUUGGGUCUGUGAUUUUUCUUUUUAGCCCCAACAAACAUUUUAGAGGUCAACUAGAAUUCUGAUACACACUAUUGAGAAUAUUGGAAAACCAGAGUGAAAAUGGAGAAGCAAAGGAAAGAUGGAGAGGUAGAGGCAGUCCCGGUAGUGAUAGGUGGCAUGGUUUUGGACAUUCAAGCCACUUCUUCAAUUCCUCCACAUCCAAGAACCACUUGUCCUGGCCAGAUAUAUUAUGUACAAGGCGGCGUGGCCAGGAACAUAGCCGAAUGCAUGACAAAACUUGGAGCUCAGCCUUUUAUGAUUAGUGCUUUGGGAUUUGACAUGCCAGGAAAUUUGUUGUUGGAGCAUUGGAAAUCUGCAGGACUACGGACAGAAGGCAUUAGGAAGCACAAGGAUAUUAAGACUCCCACAGUCUGUCAUAUACUUGAUGUUACUGGAGAGGUGGCGGCUGGUGUUGCCAGUGUGGAAGCAGUUGAAAUGUUUCUUACACCCGAGUGGAUUCAACGAUUCAAGCACACAAUACAUUCUGCUCCUCUAUUGAUAAUUGAUGCAAAUUUGAGUCCUCCUGCUUUAGAAGUUUCUUGUCGACUAGCAGCUGAGUCAAACGUCCCAGUGUGGUUUGAGCCUGUAUCAAUUGCAAAAUCUAAAAGAAUUGCUCCGAUUGUAAAGUAUAUUACUUUUGCUUCACCUAAUGAAGAUGAACUAAUUGCUAUGGCAAAUGCUUUAUCUUCUCAAAAUUUAUUUCGUCCAAUUGAAAGGAAUAAUUGUUCUACGGAUACUUUGUUCCAGAUGCUGAAACCAGCAAUCUGGCUUUUGCUGGAGAAGGGUGUCAAAAUUCUUGUUUUGACUAUUGGUUCAGAUGGUGUACUUUUAUGCACUAAAGGGGAAUCAAUCUCCUGGAGAAUUUGUCUGGAAAAGACGCAGCAACAUGGAUUUAGUCGACAGUUAUUUGAAAAUAUGACAUCAAGCUGUCCUUCAAAUUUGUAUUCUGAUUCUAAGGUUCUUGAGAGAAGCCCAAAUUUCUUAGCUGUGCAUUUUCCUGCACUCCCUGCAUCUGUUGUAAGGCUUACAGGAGCUGGUGAUUGUCUAGUCGGUGGAAUGAUUGCAUCCCUUUCUACAGGUUUAGAUGUGAUGCAGAGUGUAGCAAUUGGUAUAGCUGCAGCCAAAGCUUCGGUUGAGGUGGACAGCAAUGUACCUUCUCAAUUUAGUUUGCCAACAAUUACAGGUGAUGCCAGGAUUGUAUAUUCAACUGCCAAACUUUUGCAACAUCAAUCUAAGCUGUAAUGUCCAAAGAAGGGGCAUGGAGUUUUGGUAAACACCCAAAGUUAGAGCUAUAUGUGCUUUGCCUCUUUUAUUGUUAUACAAAAAAAAACCCUGGAAAUUGCGACUUGAGCUUUUAUACACCAUAUUUGCAGAAUAAAUAGCAAUGCAGCCUUAUAUUUUGUUGGCAUGACUAUAUCUUGUUUUCUCAGUCUAUUAUUAAACUGAAUGGAACAUAUACUGAUCUUUGUUGUUGCAAGGAA